AUGAGAUGGCAGUUGGCGAUCUUGUGGCUUUUCUUUUUCGCUUCUGCGGAAUCAGAUAUAAAGCGGCGACGUCAAAUUGUGACACCUAAGCACUUAAUGGAAACCCGUUUUCAACCCAUCCAGCAAGGGAAGGUGAUGGUCACCCCCCAGAACCUGAGAGAAGUGUCUGAUCUGAGGGCCACGAUCCACAAAUCUGUCGAUGAAGGAACUUAUGUGGUGGCUUCUUCGCCUUCCCAGGAUUUUCUACCCCGAUAUGGUGGCGGUUGGCCGGCGCGUUUAACCUUACCACACCCCUGGAUACCGCCAGCCUUUAACUUCUCCAUAUUUUGGCUGAGACUCGGCUAACAGACCUACAACUUAACGACAUUUAGCUCGUAGUAUAAUCAGCAUCAGCGAUCGAAGAGAUGCGGAAAUCGCAGGGCCUUUGAACCGCGCCGCUUGAGGAACUGAAAGGAGUGAGAUCAAAUAGUAGCCUUGUAGAUCUUGUGAUUAAUAAAACGAACGCCGAGCAGUA